AUGGAAAACAGACAGAUCCGGAAGGUUGUUGACAACCCCUUAGAAGCCACCACAUCCUCAGAAUCACUGAACGAACAAACCUCUUUUUCACCUUCACCCUCUCGUGGAGGAUCGUCUUCUGAAUCGUUUCCUUUCUACUUCCACCACCGUGACCCCACUGCCGCCGCGGGUCCAGGGAGUGAUUUUGGCCCGAUCUCCCUAGAUGGACCGGAUAUCGUCUAUCCUAUUCGAUCAUUAGUCAACAUAUCACGACCCCCUCCCGGGCCCGACUCGCCGGCCGGCAGCAGCAGUUUGGGUAGCCCCACGGGAGAGGGGCUGCCAUAUGCGGGGAGCGGGAGCCAGCCUAGGCCUCGAGAAACAUCGAUGAUAUCCGGGUUGGAUGGGGGGUCGUCCACCGAGUCUCUAGCUGGAGGAAAGGGAGCAUCGGGAAACUUUGGCGGGAUUCCGGCAUCGGGGCAGAGUCCACUGCUAAGUACCGUUGGGGAGAGUGUAGCUGGCGGGGGGAUGUUUCGCAGUGUCUCAGAGUCAUCCGACAAAAACCCUAGAUAUGGGACUUCGCCAGGGGGGAGCAAUGAGGGAUAUGUGACUGCAAGAUUCAAGCAUCUGGUGACAGAUGAAGGACAUAUGGUAAUCACAGGUGUUUCUGGGAGUGAAAGUAUACGGAGGUGUGAAGAUGAGCCAAUACGUAUACCUGGGGCAGUCCAAGGGUUUGGCGUUUUAAUAGCUCUCAAAGAUGUGGACGGAAGGCUUGGUGUAAAGAUUGUUAGUGAGGUUUGUGCCCUUCCACCGUUCAUCCCUUCCAAUUGCCGAAAUUCUGAAUCAUUUGGGUAUAGAAUUCUGAGAAGAUAAUCGGUUACUCACCAGCAGCCCUCUUCGCCUUAGACGGCUUUUGCGAUAUUCUCUCCGAAGAGCAGGCCGAGAGUCUAUAUGAACACUUAGACUUUGUCCGAGAAUAUGUAUCUGUGCACUCAGGACCGGACGUCUUCCCGUUGGCGAUAACCUCCCCUAAUUCAACAGAGAUAAAACUUUGGUGCGCUGUUCACAUUGCAGAAAAGAGCUCCGGCCUGCUCAUUUGUGAGUUUGAAUUGGAGGACGAUCACAUCUAUCCACUUUUUAGUCGAACAGAAGAGGAAACACUCCCACCGCCAGAGGACACACUGAACUCAACCCCUAGCGAACAAGAUUUAUUAGAGAGCACAUUAAGUGGUAGCAAGCCGCUGCGAGUGCUAAGGCAUGCCCGGGGGCAGAGGGGGCAGGUUGCAGCAAUGGAGGUUUUUAAUCUCAUGAGCCAGAUCCAGGGUAGUUCAUCAAAUCCUUUUCGUGGUAUAACUUAUGAAGGUGCGCACACUGACAAUGUCCAAACACAGAGCAAUUUUCAUCUGCCUCGACUCUAGAUGUGUUUCUAAGAGUGGUUGUUGGGAUUAUUAAAGAGCUCACGGGAUUUCACCGUGUGAUGAUUUACCGGUUUGACGAGGUCUGGAAUGGCCAGGUGGUUACCGAAUUGGUCGACCCAAGAGCAACCAAGGACCUUUACAAAGGCCUUAACUUCCCAGCUUCGGAUAUCCCGAAGCAAGCAAGAGAUUUAUAUCUCCUCAACAAAGUCAGACUGUUAUACGAUAGAGACCAGGUGACUGCUCGUCUUGUGUGCAAGAGUAAAGAGUAUUUAGACGAUCCUCUUGACAUGACUCACUCAUACCUGAGGGCAAUGAGUCCAAUUCACAUCAAGUACCUUGAAAAUAUGGCGGUGCGAGCUAGCACGAGUAUUUCACUUACAGCAUUCGAUAAGCUUUGGGGGCUCAUUUCAUGCCACAGCUACGGCCAGAAGGGGAUGAGAGUGAGCUUUCCUAUACGGAAAAUGUGCAGACUCAUCGGAGAGAAUGCUAGCAGGAAUAUCGAGAGGUUAAGCUAUGCAUCGAGACUUCAAGCCAGGAAAUUGAUCAAUACGGUCCCGACGGGGCAGAACCCUAGCGGUUAUAUCAUCGCUAGUUCAGACGAUCUGUUGAAACUAUUUGACGUCGACUUUGGUUUGCUUUCAAUCUGCGAGGAAACUAAGGUCCUCGGUCAACUCGAACAUUCACAGGAAUCACUCGCAAUGUUGGAGUAUUUACGGGUGCGCAAAUUCACUUCCGUGCUUACUUCCCAAAACAUUAUCGUUGAUUUUCCGGACCUCAGUUACGAACCUGGAUUUUCAAUAAUUGCGGGGCUGUUGCUUGUGCCACUCAGCGUUGGAGGACAAGACUUUAUAGUUUUCUUCCGCAAAGGCCAGCUGUGGAAAGUCAACUGGGCCGGGAACCCCUACGAGAAGAACGCCAAAGAAGGUACAAAGGAGUAUCUGGAGCCGAGGAAAAGCUUCAAAACUUGGAGUGAGACGGUGGUGGGAAGAUCUAGAGAUUGGACGGAAGAGCAGGGUGAGCAACGAGUGAUUUUCGCGCUUUACUUUCAGAGACUAAAUUUGUUAUUAUCGAUGUACAGUUGAAACGGCCGCGGUCUUGUGUUUGAUCUACGGCAAGUUUAUUGAAGUUUGGAGACAAAAAGAAGCAGCGCUGCAAGCCAGCCAGCUUACCCGACUGCUCCUAGCUAACGCGUCCCAUGAGGGUCAGUGUACCGCGGAGUUCCCCCUUUUUCAGACGCCAUCGCUCAUGAUUUAUAUAGUCCGGACGCCUCUUAAUGCCAUUAUCAAUUACCUUGAGAUUGCGUUGGAGAGCCCUCUUGACGAUGAGACAAGGGAUAAUCUGAUGAGAUCGCACUCUGCGUCCAAAUCACUAAUUUACGUCAUCAACGAUCUGUUAGAUCUCACCCGCACCGAGGCAGGCCAGGUUUUGAUCAUGGAGGAGGCAUUUGACCUUUCCGAAACAGUUCGUGAUGCUACUGAAAGAUAUAAAUCGGACGCUGAACGAAAGAGUAUCACCUUCGAGGUCAUUGAAUGCGAAGGGUUACCUAGAUUUGUGAAGGGUGAUCAGGCACGGUUGCGGCAGGCUGUUUCCAAUAUUGUAGGAAACGCUAUUAAACACACUUUGGAAGGUGGCGUUAGGGUUGAGAUCUCGAUGCCCCAGGUUGUUGACGGCCGGUGCCAGAUUGAAGUUGUGGUCCAGGAUACCGGGGUUGGAAUGUCAUCGGAGAAACUAGAGGCGCUUUUCCGGGAAUUCGAGCAAGUCCACACCGAGGAGGAGGAUGCGAUGAAUCGUCAGGAGGCAGGAGGGGACAGGAACCCACUUUCAACAUCCUUUAACGCGUUGUCUAAAGUACCAGGGCAGAAGGUUUUAGGGCUUGGGUUGGCAGUUGUGGCUCGGAUUGUGAGGAAUAUGAAUGGCCAGCUUCGAUUGAAAUCCGAGCGGGGGAAUGGCUCUAGGUUUUCCAUUAGCCUUCCUUUCUCACUUCUAUCCAAAGCGGAGCUUGACUCGGAGAAGAACGAAGGAGUUGCCGAAAGGCAAAAGUCGCUCUCACCGCAGCCAUCUUCAGUGGCUUCCACUCCGGGUCAGGUAUCACUAAUUGGUUCUCAGAACCGCGUAUCUCAGGAUGUAGGGAAGAAAAAUGGCGGCUCUGAUAUGGACCGUUUGGGGUCCUUUUGCGGUGCCAAAAGCGGGGGGAUUAAGAUCGACAGGUUUGCCCACGGAAUCCCAAGUCUCCAUUUGGACCCGCCCCCGAACAACCCACCUGCAGGGCCAGGAGCUGCCAUACGCGCGAGAUCUUCCCCGAAUACUAUGAGUUUCGCUACACCACAGCAAAAACCUAGCCAGGAGAUGGUAGAUGGCUCAGACGUGCCUAUCAAGGCCCUAACAGUGUCAGAUGAAAACUCUAGCCCCACCGCACUGCCCGCAGCAGAUACGGCACCGCUUAUAGAACUACCUCCCACUGCCAAUCCCAAUUCGCCCACAGAGCUCCCAGAGAAGUAUGAAAUUUUGGUGGCGGAAGACGAUCCAAUCAAUAGCAAGAUUAUCAAGAAGCGAUUGGAAAAGAUGGGUCAUGGGGUUGUUCUCACUGUAAAUGGAGAAGAAUGUGCAGACCUAUACUCCAAGUAUGGUCAAAAUUAUGACAUCGUGUUGAUGGACAUGCAGGUAAGUUCGAUUGAUUUUCGAAGUUUAGUAACAGCUCCUGACCCCUGCAGAUGCCUAUCAUGGAUGGGGGAACCUCAACCACUCGCAUCCGUCAAUUUGAAGGAGCAGAUCCAAGUCGCUAUAUCCCGAAAAGGCACCGUAUUCAUUGCCGCGUACCGAUUUUUGCUGUCUCAGCUUCACUAGCUGAAGAGAGACUAGCGGAAUAUAUUGACUUUGGCUUCGACGGAUGGAUACCGAAGCCUAUCAACUUCGGAAGACUAAAGUCACUUCUAGAUGGUAUCCGGGAUCCGGCCGUAAGGGCGAAAAACGCCUACGAGCCCGGGCAUUUGGAGCAUGGGGGAUGGUUUUCCAGGGCCCCUGGAGAUGCUGGUCCCUCGCCGCAGAAGCACGAAGAUGUCCCGGCGGCUCUGAGAACUCAAGGUGAAGACCUAGGUAGAAUCUGA